AUGAAGAUCUCCUCUGGGACCAUGCAGGCCGAGAUUCCGAUGGCCGUCAAGGGAGAAAUCAAACCACCCAAUGCCAGAUUACCCCCAGUAUCGCUGCGCGAUAAAGGUGCAGCAGUGGGCCAACUGUUGUCUGUUGUCCCUACUGUGCUAUUUUCCCUUUUCCGCCGGCGGGCAUUCAGGCGUUCGGCCCUUCCAUUACGAGAGGAUAUCAAACGGACUCUUAUACGCAGCUGCGCAGGGCUUCCGCUGUCAAUCCUGAUGCGCAUGAUCAAAUCCGACAAGCCCGAAGCCAUAUUCCAAGCCACGCGUUUCCGCAACACCAAAGCACACUUUGGGAUUCCGGUGUCGACUGCCCAUUUCUCGGGCUAUUGGCUUGUCAAGCAACCAUCCGACAGCCGUAUCUCAGGGCGCCGUCGCGUCGUGAUGCUGUGGAUUCAUGGCGGCGCUUACUGCGUUGGAGAUGAAUUUGCGGGACUUGGUUCACUCCUGCGGCUCGCUGAAUUGGCUACCGACCGGGGUAUUGAUCUUGACAUCUUCUCCCUGGAGUACACGCUCGCUCCGGAGGCAAGAUUUCCAGUGCAGCAACAACAGGCGGUCUCUGCAUAUCGCUUUCUGCUUGAGCAGCAGCAGGUCGAUCCGGAAUGUAUCAUUGUGGGCGGCGAGUCGGCGGGCGGCCAUCUCGCCAUUGCCUGUCUCCAGGGAAUUGCGCGCGCCCAUCUGCCUCGACCAAAAGGGUCGUUGCUUCUCUGCCCUUGGGUCAACAUGACGAACACAGCUGCUUCGUUCGAACGAAACAAAUGCAACGACAUACUGGUUAAGGACUCUUUGGACAGGUGCGCGGCGCUUGCCCUUGGGCCUGAUGCGUCUCAGGAUUGCAGGAAUCUUCUCAACUUCUGCGUCCCGUCGACCGGAGACUUGCAAUGGGCGAACAUACUGCCACCGCGAACGUGGAUGAAUGUGGGAUCCCAUGAUCUUUUCAUCGAUGAUAUCAUCUCCUUUCAGACGAUUAUGGCGGCGGAAGGCUUAGACAUCGUGCUGUCGAUUACCGAGGGAAAGACUCAUGGAUGGCAAGCGAUGGCGGAUAACACAUCAUCUAAGACCUACUUUAACUUGGCGCCUGGGGAGGCGCUUCCUCCCGGCUGCAUGCCUGGCAGCGCAAACAUGCUCUUGGGUUUAUCAUGGCUGCUAGGUUCUCAAUAG